UCCAGGACCUGCCAUUCUGCGCGCGAUGGCAGCGGCGGCAGCAUCCCCGCCGGCGGCGGCUGCAGCGGUGGCUGCAGUAGCCACGGCCACCGCGGACGCUAUUGUUCCCUGGUGUUAAUCGCGCUCUCCCUCCUUCUCGUCUGAAGCAAACAAUAGCGGGAAAGAGCUUUGUUUUUCGUACUCUUUGGGGAGACGUUCCGAGAGCGAAGAAAAAUUCCCUGGCGAGCGUGCUGCGGCUCUGGCCCCUGGCGCGGCUGCGGGCGGCAUGGGGCUGCGAGCCGAGCGCUGGGCAUCUGGGAGCCGGAGCGCCGCCGGGCCGCGCCGGGGCGUCCUGCCGCUGCCGCUGCCGCUGCCGCUGCUGCCGCUGCUCCUGCUGCCGCUGCUCCCGGGCGCCCGCGGGGUCGCGGCGCAGGGCGAGGCGGAGGCGCCCUCCCUCUAUCUGUGGAAGACCGGUCCGUGGGGCCGAUGCAUGGGCGAUGAGUGCGGCCCGGGAGGCAUCCAAACCAGGGCCGUGUGGUGCGCGCACGUGGAGGGCUGGACCACGCUGCACACUAACUGCAAGCCAGCCCAGAGACCCAAUAACCAGCAAAACUGUUUCAAAGUCUGUGACUGGCACAAAGAGUUGUACGAUUGGAGGCUGGGGCCCUGGAAUCAGUGUCAGCCCGUGAUUUCAAAAAGCCUGGAGAAACCACUGGAGUGCGUCAAGGGAGAAGAAGGCAUUCAGGUGAGAGAGAUAACGUGCAUCCAGAAGGACAGAGACAUUCCCGCUGAGGAUAUCAUCUGUGAGUACUUUGAGCCCAAGCCUCUGCUGGAGCAGGCCUGCCUCAUCCCUUGCCAGCAGGACUGCAUCGUGUCUGAGUUCUCCGCCUGGUCGGAAUGCUCCAAGACGUGCGGCAGCGGGCUGCAGCACCGCACGCGCCACGUCGUGGCGCCCCCGCAGUUCGGCGGCUCUGGCUGUCCCAACCUGACCGAGUUUCAGGUGUGCCAGUCUGGUCCGUGCGAAGCGGACGAGCUCCUGUACAGCCUGCACGUGGGGCCCUGGAGCGCGUGUUCGGUGCCCCAGUCGCGACAAGUCAGACAAGCGAGGAGACGUGGGAAGAAUAAAGAUCGGGACAAAGACCGAGGCAAAGGAGUCAAGGAUCCAGAGGCCCGUGAACUUAUUAAGAAAAAGAGAAACAGAAACAGACAGAACCGGCAAGAGAACAAAUACUGGGACAUCCAGAUUGGGUACCAGACCAGGGAGGUUACCUGCAUUAACAAGACGGGAAAGGCUGCUGAUUUGAGCUUUUGCCAGCAAGACAAGCUGCCGUUGACCUUCCAAUCCUGUGUGAUCACCAAGGAGUGCCAGGUUUCCGAAUGGUCGGAAUGGAGCCCCUGCUCGAAAAUGUGCCACGAUGCGGCGUCCCCUGCCGGCACGCGGGGGAGGACUCGCACCGUCAGGCAGUUUCCGAUUGGUGAUGAAAAGGAGUGCCCCGACCUUGAGGAAAAAGAACCCUGUUUGUCUCAAGGAGAUGGAGCUGCCCCCUGUGCCACGUAUGGCUGGAGAACUACGGAGUGGACAGAGUGCCGUGUGGACCCCUUGCUCAGUCAGCAGGACAAGAGGCGUGGCAACCAGACGGCCCUCUGCGGAGGAGGCAUCCAGACCCGAGAAGCCUACUGUGUCCAGGCCAACGAAAACCUCCUCUCCCACUUAAAUGCCCACAAGGGCAGAGAAGCCUCAAAACCAGUGGACUUGAAAUUAUGCACUGGCCCUGUCCCUAAUACUACCCAGCUGUGCCAUAUCCCUUGUCCAACUGAAUGUGAGGUUUCACCUUGGUCAGCCUGGGGACCUUGUACUUACGAAAACUGUAAUGACCAGCAAGGCAAAAAAGGCUUCAAAUUGAGGAAGCGGCGUAUUACCAACGAGCCCACAGGAGGCUCCGGGGGGACUGGAAACUGCCCUCACUUACUGGAAGCCAUACCCUGUGAGGAGCCGUCCUGCUAUGACUGGAAAGCGGUGAGGCUGGGAGACUGCGAACCAGAUAAUGGAAAGGAGUGUGGUCCAGGCACUCAAGUUCAAGAGGUUGUGUGCAUCAACAGUGAUGGAGAAGAAGUUGACAGACAGCUGUGCAGAGAUGCCAUCUUCCCCAUCCCAGUGGCCUGUGACGCCCCAUGCCCAAAGGACUGUGUGCUCAGCAUGUGGUCUGCAUGGUCCUCCUGCUCACACACCUGCUCAGGGAAAACCACAGAAGGAAAACAGAUACGAGCACGGUCCAUUCUGGCCUAUGCAGGAGAAGAAGGUGGAAUUCGCUGUCCAAAUAGCAGUGCUUUGCAAGAGGUGCGCAGCUGUAAUGAGCAUCCUUGUACUGUGUACCACUGGCAAACUGGUCCCUGGGGCCAGUGCAUCGAAGACACCUCGGUAUCGUCCUUCAACACAACUACAACUUGGAAUGGGGAGGCCUCCUGCUCCAUAGGCAUGCAGACAAGGAAAGUCAUCUGUGUGAGAGUCAACGUGGGCCAAGUGGGACCCAAAAAAUGUCCUGAAAGCCUUCGACCUGAAACGGUGAGGCCUUGCCUGCUUCCUUGUAAGAAGGACUGUAUUGUGACCCCAUACAGUGACUGGACGUCAUGCCCCUCCUCGUGUAAAGAAGGGGACUCUGGAGUCAGGAAGCAGUCUCGACAUCGGGUCAUCAUUCAGAUGCCAGCCAACGGAGGCCGUGACUGCUCAGAUCCUCUCUAUAAAGAGAAGUCCUGCGAGGCACCUCCAGUGUGCCAAAGCUACAGAUGGAAAACUCACAAAUGGCGCAGAUGCCAAUUAGUGCCUUGGAGCGUGCAACAGGACAGCCCUGGAGCACAGGAAGGAUGUGGGCCUGGACGACAGGCAAGAGCCAUUACUUGUCGCAAGCAAGAUGGAGGACAGGUGGGCAUCCACGAGUGCCUCCAGUAUGCAGGCCCCGUGCCAGCCCUCACCCAAGCCUGCCAGAUCCCCUGCCAGGAUGACUGUCAAUUGACCAGCUGGUCCAAGUUUUCUUCAUGCAAUGGAGACUGUGGAGCAGUUAGGACCAGAAAGCGUACUAUUGUUGGAAAAAGUAAAAAGAAGGAAAAAUGUAAAAAUUCCCAUUUGUACCCCCUGAUUGAGACGCAGUAUUGUCCUUGUGACAAAUACAGUGCACAGCCUGUAGGGAACUGGUCAGACUGUAUUUUACCAGAGGGGAAAGUGGAAGUGUUACUAGGAAUGAAAGUACAAGGAGACAUCAAAGAAUGUGGCCAAGGAUACCGUUACCAAGCAAUGGCAUGCUACGACCAAAACGGCAGGCUUGUGGAAACAUCCAGAUGUAACAGCCAUGGGUACAUUGAGGAGGCCUGCAUCAUCCCCUGCCCCUCGGACUGCAAGCUCAGCGAGUGGUCCAACUGGUCGCGCUGCAGCAAGUCCUGUGGGAGCGGAGUCAAGGUUCGUUCUAAGUGGCUUCGAGAAAAACCUUAUAAUGGAGGAAGGCCUUGCCCCAAACUGGAUCAUGUCAACCAGGCACAGGUGUAUGAGGUUGUCCCAUGCCACAGUGACUGCAGCCAAUACAUUUGGGUCACAGAGCCCUGGAGUGUCUGCAAGGUGACCUUUGUGAAUAUGCGGGACAACUGUGGUGAGGGCGUGCAAACCCGGAAAGUGAGGUGCAUGCAGAAUACAGCAGAUGGCCCUUCGGAACACGUAGAGGAUUACCUCUGUGACCCUGAAGAGAUGCCCCUGGGCUCCAGAGAGUGCAAAUUACCAUGCCCUGAAGACUGCGUGAUAUCUGAAUGGGGUCCAUGGAACCAAUGUGUUUUGCCUUGUAAUCAAAGCAGUUUCCGGCAAAGGUCAGCUGACCCCAUCAGACAACCUGCAGAUGAAGGAAGAUCUUGCCCUGAUGCUGUAGAGAAGGAGCCCUGUAACCUGAACAAGAAUUGCUACCACUAUGAUUAUAAUGUAACAGACUGGAGUACAUGUCAGCUGAGUGAGAAGGCAGUUUGUGGAAACGGCGUUAAAACAAGGAUGUUGGAUUGUGUUCGAAGUGAUGGCAAGUCGGUUGACCUGAAAUAUUGUGAAGAGCUCGGCCUGGAGAAGAACUGGCAGAUGAACGUGUCCUGCGUGGUGGAAUGCCCUGUGAACUGUCAGCUUUCCGACUGGUCUCCUUGGUCAGAAUGUUCUCAAACAUGUGGCCUCACAGGAAAAAUGAUCCGAAGACGAACAGUAACCCAGCCCUUUCAGGGUGAUGGAAGACCAUGCCCUUCUCUGAUGGACCAGUCCAAACCUUGCCCCGUGAAGCCCUGUUAUCGGUGGCAAUAUGGCCAGUGGUCUCCAUGCCAAGUGCAGGAGGCCCAGUGUGGAGAAGGGACCAGAACAAGGAACAUUUCUUGUGUAGUGAAUGAUGGCUCAGGCGAUGAUUUUAGCAAAGUGGUGGAUGAGGAAUUCUGUGCUGACGUGGAACCCAUUAUAGAUGGUAACAGAAAUGUGGUUCUAGAGGAAACCUGCACCCAGCCUUGCCCAGGUGACUGUUAUUUGAAGGACUGGUCCUCUUGGAGCCUGUGUCAGCUGACCUGUGUGAAUGGUGAGGAUCUAGGCUUUGGUGGAAUACAGGUCCGAUCCAGAGCAGUGAUUAUACAAGAACUAGAAAAUCAACAUUUGUGCCCAGAACAAAUGUUAGAAACAAAAUCAUGUGAUGACGGACAGUGUUAUGAGUAUAAGUGGAUGGCCAGUGCUUGGAAGGGCUCUUCUCGAACAGUCUGGUGUCAAAGAUCAGACGGUGUAAAUGUAACAGGGGGCUGCUUGGUGGUGAGCCAGCCUGAUGCUGACAGGUCUUGUAACCCACCGUGUAGUCAACCCCACUCCUUCUGUAGUGAGACAAAAACAUGCCAUUGUGAAGAAGGGUACACUGAAGUCAUGUCUUCUAACAGCACACUUGAGCAAUGCACACUUAUCCCCGUGGUGGUCAUACCCACCAUGGAGGACAAAAGGGGAGACGUGAAAACCAGCCGGGCGGUUCAUCCAACCCAGCCCUCCAGUAACCCAGCAGGACGGGGAAGGACCUGGUUUCUACAGCCAUUUGGGCCAGAUGGGAGACUAAAGACCUGGGUUUAUGGUGUAGCAGCUGGGGCAUUUGUGUUACUCAUCUUUAUCGUCUCCAUGAUUUAUCUAGCUUGCAAAAAGCCAAAGAAACCCCAAAGAAGGCAAAACAACAGACUGAAACCUUUAACCUUAGCCUAUGAUGGAGACGCAGACAUGUAACCUAAAACUUUUCCUGCUUUUGCUGAACAACCAGAUUUAGCUUUCUGAUUUCACAAUAAAUAUCCAGAGACCACAAAAGUAUCUCAACUGUGUGGAUCAAAAUGCAUUUUAACUAUUUAAAAGAACAUCAUAAAGAAAAGAGUGAACACUAUACAGCCCCUGGAGAUAUUCAAGACAAUACUAUUUACAUAUAGACCAUCAACCCUGAGAAGUCUGGAGAUUUAGUUGAAUAUAUGCUGCAUUCCAAGAGUUUUAUAUCAUCUUUUCUGAAAUCUACCAACUAAAAAAAACACUUGGAUCUCUGAAAAAAAUAAUGGUGGAAUUGGCCAGUUAGGAUGCCUGAUACAAGAUGUCUGCAGUGUUAACUGGUAAAACUUUCUAGCAUGAAGGGUUUAUACAAAGAUCUCUACGCUACUAUAGUCAAGCAUAACAACAUGUAUACUCAAUUGAAUGAUACACAUUAUUAUGUCAGAUUAUGUACUCACUAAUAAGUAAUUAUAACAAUGAAUAUGAAAUAAGCUCUAAGGUAAGCAGAAAACGUGUUAAAUAAAUUCAGCAUCUUGGUGGUUGAUGGUAGCUUUUGUUGACCUGCAUUUCAGAGACAGAGACUCUUUUAUAAGACUUCAUUGUCGUCUCUCUCCAAAGUAUGAGUGCUGGACACGUACUAGUAUCUUAGAAGGAAGAGACAUCAAGUUAUUUUAUAGUUGUUAUUGUCUGAAAAACUAAUUUACUUGUGUUAAUAUAAUACGUUUCUACUUUCCCUAAUUUCAAACUGGUUGCCUGCAUCCUUUUUGCUCUACAGAAGGCACAUUUUUGCACUAUAUUAGUGCAGCAUGAUAAGCACUUAACCAGUCUUGCCAUAGAAACUGCCUCUUUUCACAUGGGAUGAAGACUGUUGGAGAGACAUUUGCAAGUUCUUGUAUCCUGAAGAGAGUAAAGUUCAGUUUGGAUGGCAACAGGAUGGAAUCAGCCACUACACCUGCUGUAUACACUCUUCCUCAUCACUGCAGCCAUUGUGAAAUCAACAACAUGGCAGUAAUUUAAGUGUUAAAGUCCCUACCCCAUUACCCUCCAAAAGGUGGAUCUCUCUAGUUGGUUUGUAAUUAUUCUUCGAAGCCCGUUUAUGACUAGAUUUUUAUAUUUGUUAUCUUUGUUAAAAAAAGAAAAGAAAAGAAAAAAAGGAACUGGCUGUCUUUUUAAUUUCAAGCAGAUGGAGAAAAUAGUGUAUGUAAGUACUUUUGUAACUAAAAGAAAUCAAAAUUAUGUGUUGAUUUUUCUUUCUCCCUGACUUAUUUUCUCAGUUUCAGAUUGGAUGUCUGUAAUGCAGGCAAUAUUUCAAAAUCCAUAGUCUUUUAUCGUUCUUGCUGGUAACAUUUGAAGCAGUCUUGUUAACAUAUGAUUUAAAAGACUGAAAUUUUAAAAAGGGAAGAGUAAAUAUCACGUCCAGAGCAUCAUUAAAUAUCUAGACCAAGGGCGGCAAACUUUUUCUAUAAAGGAACAGAUGUUAAAUAUUUUCAGCCAGGUCAAUGCUGUAAUUUCUUAACUUUGUCAUUCUGCUGAUUCAGCCACAGAUAAUACACAAGAAGGAAAAAAAUGACAUAGCUGUUUUUAAAUAAAACUUCCUUUAUAAAAACAGCUAGCAGGCCACUUUUGCAGGUGAUAGUUUGCUGACCCCUGGUCUAGAUGUUUUUCAAUGCUGACUCUCAUGGUAUCGUCUGUGUUUUACCUUUGACAGUGAUCAGUGUUUAAUUUCAAAGGUGAAGAUUUGCACUCAUUAAAUUUACCAUUUUGUUGAAAGUAGCUAUAUUUUUCACAGAUAUAGCCCUGGGAAUGGCACAGUGGAACAAAAUCUAAUUCUUUCAUACAUCUAUGAAAAGAAAAUCCAAAAGGUAUCAUAAAAAAGCAAUACUGUUUUUCAGGAAAUAUUAUUGCAACAACCUUUGGGUGAGAAGAGGACAUUAGAUUUUCAAGUUUUAAAAAAGAAAAAGUGUAGCAAGCUAUUGUUGUAUCCUAAACGUAGCUGUGUUGCUGUGAAAGUGGUUUGGAUUAGAUUGAAAGGUAUUUUAACCUUCAUUCUGGAAUUUGAACUCCCCCUGCUGUUCGUUACAGUAUUUGCAACGAUUACAAAAGACCAGAUUAGAAUGUCAUUACCCCUAAAAUAAAAGGAUUUCUAUAUAUUUUAAGAAGAACUAAAUACAGUAACCACUAAUUCCUUACUGAGUAUUAACUAUAUGAGGGAACAUACAUCAUUUUGAGGAGAACAGGCAGUUAGAAAGAUGGGAAUUUUACUCUAACCCAAGCAUUGAAAUCAAGAAAAUCAUAAAAACAAAAUUUAUUUCAUCUGUUUUGUUGAAGAGGAAGACAGAAGUAAUAUUGCUACUCUAAAACUGUGAUUGUCAAUAUAUAUACUCAGGGGUCUUCCAGGUAAUCUUCAAGUUGAUCUUUUUGAAUAAAAUAAAGCCCAUUUGUCCAAAAUGGUUGAGAAAGAAACAAUUACUGUUACCUAAAAAAUUCAGGCAACAGUCUUAUGAGAAGUAUGCAAUACUUAAUCAUUCUGAAAUGUGGAAUAGAAUAAAAUGUUGUUCCUACUUAACUGUUUCCUGUACUUAAAAUAUUGUAAAAUGUCAUUAAUUCAAAAAACAAGUCAAGAUCAUCCUACCUACAAGAGUUAAAUGAAUUAAGAAAUUAAAUAUUAUAAAAUGGUAUGAAAAUAGAAAUUGUUUUUACUCGAAAUUGAUUAUAUAUACACACAUACACAUGUAUGAGAUUAGGUUCAAGGUGACCUAACACUAUGGACCAUACUGGAAAUUCAUUGUCGGGAUAAAUAAAUACUGUAUGGCCUCUUGUUAGAAAGAUGAAAAAAUGGAAAUGUAGCUAUCGGGCCAUUCUAGACAAAUGGGAGGUUACUAUAGUCAUGUCUAUAAUAUGAUGUCUAUAACAUGAAAUGGCCUUAUUUUUGUUCCUGGCAUGAGUCAAUAAUGAGUUAAAUAUUUUAUUAGAAUUUAAUCAAAACCUAUUCUUCUUGUUCAUUCUAAGAAUUCAAGAGGGGAAUAUAGUAGUAACUUGUCUAUUGACACUUUUGCCUUACUAAAAUGGUCUGUGAACCCAAAAAAUACUUAGAACUACUGUUCUACAAAUACGAAGGUCUGCAUUUUGAGACAAUUUUAUAUGAUUUUGUUGGACUGUUUCAACAGAAACCAUAUAGAAGUGGCAUAAUUGAUCUUUCUUUAAAGAGGCUGAUUUUCUUAUUCAUCAAUACUUAAUUCAAUGUAUUGACCACAGUCUUUAUUUGAAAGUCUUUUUGAGGACACUAUGGUGUAGCUCAAACUAAUUGAAAAGGAGUGCAUAAAAGCUUGUUUUAAAUACAUUUAAUAAAGCACAAAUUGUAACAAGGCAAAUAUUUAUUCACACAUGUAAGAUACUGUCUUAGGCACUGUAAAAAAAUUAGUAACAGCUUUUGUAUAGGUAAGUACCUAGGGCAUUCAAAAGAAGGAGAAAAUGCUUAAUGAUUGAUGAUAGCCCUGAAACAUACUGACCAUUUACGCUAGAUUUGAUUUUAAAUGUGGUUGGUGUUUUCCCAAAAGUGUUUUAGGCCAUGCUAUUAGGAGUUUGGUUUUUCUCUACCUUUAGCAUUUUGGCUUAAUUAGAAUCUUGUUAAGUUCCUGGACAUUUCAAGAUAAAGUCACUUCCUCCUACUGGAAGCAAGGAUGACCUUUCACACAUUUACGUACCUCCUCCAACAACCUGUAUUCUUGGUCCUUUCUGAUGAUUUUCUCUGCUAGGUCUCUCUCUACUCUCUCAUCAACAGUUAGUCUCGUCUGCUAUCCUCAGAACCACCUGCCAGUAAACAUGUUCAAAUUUUUAAUAAGAAAAAAAUGGAGAAUACCUGUAUUUCCUUCCUAUUUGAAUCAAAGUGUUGCUGAGAGUGUGAACAUCUUGACUUAAACAGAAAGCAUUGGUCAAAGAAAUGAAAGUUGUAAAAGACAUGGAAAAAAAUUCUUUUCUGUAAAACUGUCAGUUCCUACACUCGCUUUAGAAUUGCCCAUCACUGGCGUAUUCCUCCCCCCCUAUGUCGAGUCUUUGCUCACCUCCUAUGCUACUAGAUAGUGAAGGAGGCCUGUACCUUUUAACACAAUACAGAAAGCAGAGGCAAUUCUCAAGCUAAUUUGGGGGUCUGAGUGGAUUUGCAAGAAUCUUGCUUCUGAAAGGAUCUGGUAUCUCACUAUUUAUAAAAAUAUGACCAAAUCCAAGUGUGUUUCUUAUUCUAUUUCUCCUCUAAAAUUGAAGGUGUUGAAAGGACAGUAGUUCUUGAGCAAAUCUUUGAGGAAUCUUGUCAGAACAUGAUCAUUCCUGGGACUGGUUCUAAAAUGUUAGAACUACAACACCCACCUAUUCCAGCCUCACCUGGUCUUGCCCUCAGAUGGUCCUGGCUGCAGGACAGGAUUUCAGGCAUCUGAAACUGGAGUGUAGACCAAGGAAGUAAUUUAGUUACUCUUUUAUAAAAAAGGAUGUUUUGCAAUGUGGUAUGAUAAUUCUACAUCUAAUAGCAGGGACACUGAAAAAUGGUUAUGUCUCCAUUAUUAAGUGAAUAAAACAAAUGCUAAAUGAACAAAGUUAAUUUUGCAGUUUUAUGUUUUGCACUUCUACCAGGUCUUAAAAUAGGCAGUGUAUGAAGAGUUUUAGUUUAUGGAAGUCAUGCUUUCAGUGAUCAAAAAUCUCUAUUUUAUUUAGAAUAUAAUGGAAUGUCAGUUUUAUUGUGUUUUGUCAUUUUUUUAUAGUUUGUAGGUCACUUACUUUUAACCAUCAGGAAUAUUUCCCAAUUAUUUUUCAGGAAUCUAUUUGUGUUUACUCUGAGACAGUGAACAUUUAGAUUCCCUUUCUGGUACUUUUUCCUGUUCAUUUCUAUCAAGAGAUAUGAAGAGAUCGAUAUCUAUCAUUAUAAAAUAUAACUUCGUUAAAUUUUCAGUUCAUUGUUCUAUAAAUUACAAUCCCCUGAAUGUGUAUUUUUUCUUAAUUUAACUACCUGAAUAUUUAUUUUGUUUAAAUAAGGAGGCAGCUGUCUAAGAAGUUUUUGUUAAUAUUACUUUGUAAAUUAUGUAAUGUAAUUUAUUUUAAAUCAUGUACAUUUACUCUUUAAUGCACAAAAUGUCUAUGUACGAUUAACUACAGAUUUGCAGAUAAUGUCACUAAGCUUUAUUCAGUUAAUACCGAUGGCAUGUGAAGAUGUAAUAUGCUUUUUUACAUUUUCAUAUGGGUUAUUUGUAAAUAACUCUAUUGCUGACAAACAUAAACAUGGAAAUCGUUUUCAUUCUAA